AUGGAUUUCCGAUUGACACAGAAGUGUUUUGUGUGUCUAUUGCUGAUAGCCACCACAAACGCAGUGAUCAAUUCUGGUGCAAAUGAUGAGAAGUCACCGACAAGAAGAGAUGCAAGUCUUGGCGUACCAUCAGAUUCUUACGGUGCGCCACCUCCUUCGUUUGGCCCUAUUCAGGUUAACUACGGACCACCACAGACUUAUAUUACAUCUGAUUUAAAGGCACCCAAUGUUAAUUAUGGACUUCCAUCGAACUCUUAUGGUCCACCAAAACCGAUAUACGGACUUCCAAAACCCAGUUAUAAACCCCUAAAGCCGGAUUAUGGGCCACCUCCACAAGAUUCAUACGGGUUGCCACCAAAACCAGAAAAUGGCGCUCCUCAGAUACCGAACUCCGUGUACGGCCCGCCAUCUGGACCUCCGAGUCCUUCUUAUGGUGUUCCAUCAGUGUCUUAUGCAAAAGGGCCUCCGGGUGUACCAUCCCCGCCAACCCCACCUCAUAUCUCUUACCAUGGCUGGCAACCAAUUCCGGGUGUAUCAAUCCCAUAUGUUCAAAAAAAUAACGGUUACGAACAGUCAUCCUUAGGAACUGCGUAUGGACCACCACUGUCUCAAGCAGGAGGCUGUUGCAAUAACAAUAUCAACUCAAUAGACACUUCUUACGGAGGUUCACCACCACCAGAAUUACCAUCGUACAGUCAAAAUUCUCCAAGUUCGGACUACGGUCCACCAAAAGAUGGAAAUUCUUAUCAUGGAAACUCUAAUGCUCAGUCGUUGGUCAAUUUAUAUAAGUCACCACCAAUUAUACCAGAUACAAGUUAUGGGCCUCCAACACCUUCUAAGCAACCUUCUGACUCAUAUGGACCUCCACCCAGUGGAACUUAUGGCCAACCACCUAAAGAGUCACAUGGACCACCACCAAGUGGAUCAUAUGGACCUCCUCCGAAAGAUUCCUAUGGUCCGCCACCAAGUGGUUCAUAUGGCUCACCACCUAAGGAAUCACUUGGACCCCCUCCAAAAGAUUCGUAUGGACCGCCUCCAAAAGAUUCUUAUGGUUCACCUCCUAGUGGUUCAUAUGGCCCACCACCUAAAGAAUCCCAUGGACCUCCACCAAGUGGAUCAUACGGACCCCCUCCAAAAGAUUCGUAUGGACCACCACCAAGUGGUUCAUAUGGCCCACCACCUAGUGGUUUGUAUAGCCCACCACCUAAAGAAUCCCACGGACCACCACCAAGUGGAUCAUACGGGCCACCUCCAACUGGAUCAUAUGGACCACCUCCCAAAGAUUCAUAUGGACCUCCACCAAGUGGAUCAUAUGGGCCACCUCCCAAAGAUUCUUAUGGACCGCCUCCAAAAGAUUCUUAUGGUCCACCUCCUAGUGGUUCAUAUGGCCCACCACCUAAAGAAUCACAUGGACCUCCACCAAGUGGAUCAUACGGGCCACCUCCAACUGGAUCAUACGGACCCCCUCCAAAAGAUUCGUAUGGACCACCUAGUGGCUCAUAUGGCCCACCACCUAAAGAAUCCCAUGGACCACCACCAAGUGGAUCAUACGGGCCACCUCCAACUGGAUCAUAUGGACCUCCACCAAGUGGAUCAUACGGACCACCUCCGAAAAGUUCAUACGGACCACCUCCAAUUGGAUCUUACGGAUCACCACAUAAACCUUCAUACCGCCCACCUACAAAAGAAUCACAUGGACCACCACCAAGUGGAUCAUACGGGCCACCUCCAACUGGAUCAUAUGGACCCCCUCCCAAAGAUUCAUAUGGACCACCUCCCAAAGAUUCAUAUGGACCUCCACCAAGUGGAUCAUACGGAUCACCUCCAAAAAGUUCAUACGGACCACCACCAAGUAGUUCUUAUGGUGCUCCUUCGAAAGAAUCACAUAGACCUCCACCAAGUGGAUCAUUUGGCCCACCGAAAGAAUCUUAUGGACUACCAUCAAUUGGAUCAUUUGGGCCACCUAAAGAUUCUUAUGGGCCACCUAAAGAAUCAUAUGGUUUACCAUCAAUUGGAUCAUUAGGGCCACCUAAGGAGUCUUAUGGCUCACCAUCUAAACCCGUAUAUCCUCCACCACCGCCAAAAGAUUCAUACGGAGUGCCACCAAGUGAAUCAUAUGGAGUCCCAUCUAAAGAUUCUUUUGGACUUCCUCCCAUUAAGGACACAUAUGGAAUUCCUUCUCUAGGUUUUAUUGAUAAUUCAUUGCAAGUACAGUAUGCCUCACCGUCAGGCACCUCAUAUAAUGGUCUUCCUCCAGAAGGUACUUUCGGUACACCCAUAGCUAUCUGUUGUGGUACACCACCACCAGAUUUAGUGUCACAAAAGCCUUCAGACAUUCAGUAUGGGUUAACCUAUGGACAAGCCUCUGGAAGACAAAUACCUGGGCCUAAUCUUCAGCCGAAAAAUCCAGUGAAAAAUAGGGCACCAGUUCCACCGGGCCUUGUAGAAUCAACACAGUAUAAUAGUUUCCAAGGUGAACCAUACAUACCUCCUCCAGUAUCAGAAGUAUCAACAUCUGGAAAUGAUGCAUAUGCUGCUCCAUCAAGUUCUAAGGGUUACAGUAGUCCAAAUUUAGAGUCAAGUCCAAUCAUUCCUCAAGAUCAACAACAAUAUAAUAUCCCAGCUACACAAGAUACACAAAGCAAUGUAGUACACAACCAAGGAUUAUCUACGUCGUACGCUAUACCAGCUCCUGAAUCUUAUCAGCAUAUAACACAAACAGUUUCAGUAAAAAAUGCAGCUCAAGAACCCAACAGUUAUGUUCAACCAAAUCAACUUUCAUUAUCAAAUGUUGAUAACUAUGGAACUCCACAGCAAUCAUUCGACUUAAAUCAACAAAUUGAAGAAAGCAAAAAUCACCCACAACUGAGAGACGCAGAGAAUAAUUUACAGCAACCAGAAAAUAAUAAUUAUCAACAGCAACCAGAAAAUAAUAAUUAUCAACAUCAACCGGAUGGAGUGGAUGUUAACGAUAUUGUAAAUUCAUUAGGUUUAGAAGGUUCCUCCGUUGUUGGUUCAAAAUCUGUAGACAUAAAUGGCUUACAAGAGUACCCUGUUCAAGGGUCUACUGGCAACUACAUGCUCCAAAUCCAACCAGGUCAAAGAGGUGGUGAAAAUGUCGCUCAUGAUCAAGUACUUUCUAAUGGGUUACUUCAAGACAUUUUGUCAGCCAUAGAGAAUCAACAGAAAUCAGAUAAUUCAUACGAUAACCAACCACAAGGAUCGGAAGUGAGACAAGUCGCGACGGCUGCGGCCAACACAAGUACUGAGUGGCCAGAAAAUUCCGCAAGUAAAAAACAAGAAAUGGCUCUGUUCUACAGUACUAGAGACGGAAAAGGACAGCCUGCUCAAGGCACGGAAACUCUACUCAGUGAAAUUAACCAUUUGAGCGUGAAUGAGGUGUCGAAUGGAAACUUCGUUUCAUACAAGUCGCCAAAAGUGAAUUAUGUGUACAGUGAAUCAACACCUCAAGCUGUAUCACAGGCAUAUCUACAACAAUCGACUCCUAAGACUGAUGAAAGCUCAACCAACUCGUUGUCGAGUACAGGAAAAUAA